CAACAACAUAUGACUUGAAUCGAUGAAAAAUGAAAGCUGUGUGCAGCUGGAAAGAACAUGUAGCUUUUAUUUUAAUGUUUAUUAUAGGUUGUAACACAAGUAACAGCCUGACAGGGCAGCAGGUAUGUUCGCUUUGUGGUGGGUCAGUAUUAAACAGAACCGCUGUGGGCCAGUUUUGCUCUGGGUUCGCCGGAUUGAUAGACGGACGAUGCUGCUUGAAGAAUGACAGCUCAGGAGACCAUGAACGCAUCAUCGGGUUGGAUUUAUCAAAUUGUUCACUGACUCACGUGGAAAAUCUUCAGGAAGCAUCAGAAGUCAUAAUGAUAGAUCUCUCCCUCAACCCUAUCGUCAACAUCAGCGCUGAUGUGUUUCGAGGAUUUUUUUACCUAAAUUACAUCUUUUUGCCAGAGGAUGUAGUUUGUCCUGGAGGGAACACUUCUUGGCAGAAGGUGGAAGUCAAACAGGGAAAUCGGCUCUGUGAAGGCCAAAAAGAUAUAUGCAACCAGACAGGACAUCUGUCCCUGAACUGCCCGGAAAACUCCCUCUGUGCCCCCGAUGGUCCGGGCUUCUACGAGUGCAGCUGUGCUGAAAACUACUACGGAUACAAAUGUCUCAGAGAGGGGGAGUUUCCAGCCCUCCAGGUUUUUGGGCCCCUGGCUGCAUCUACAGUUGUGAUGUCCCUCCUGCUGUGGGCUACACAGAGACGUAAAGUCGAGUCACACUUUACGACUCGACUGACGGAAACCGACUCUUCAAAGAGAGAAUGCUGACAAAGUUUAAUAAAACCUCAUGCCCUUUUUUCUUUUUUUUUUCAACAGUUUAUCUGAUUUUAUUUCAGGGGGGAAAAACAAACUUUUAUUGUACCAGUGGAAUUUCAGGGAAAUCUGAUGUGAUUGUCAAUGUUACAUUUGUCAGAAAUGACAAUUAUUUUAUUUUAUUUUAUUAAAGCAGACUGACAAAAAAUAAUAAGACUAUAAACAUCUACUGAAAGUGUGCGAGUUUACAUAAACGUCAUCUCCUGGAGAAUGUUCAGGAGAAUUUCAGCAAGAAAUAUUUUGCAAAUACAUUUCUUUCUUUGUAAAAAAAUGCAAUUUUUAUGUAAAUUGUAAAGCAAACCACCAAAACUUAUGGGUUUAAAUGUGCUUGAUACGUGAUUUAUUUUAAUCACUCUAGUGCAACAUAAAACAGGGGUUUAGGUACUAAACCGUGUCAUUUUGAUCUGUUUAUAGUUUAGUAAUGCAGACUGUUACGAUCCAGGACUAAAUUGUGAACGUAAAGCAUUUCAAAAAUGUUUGUAAUAUGCUGCCUGAGAAUCUUUAUUUGUUCAUCAGUUACAACUCAUUUUGUUGCUUCAUUUUAUUAAGGUUCUAAUAUUUAAAACGUGGAUCAAUUCCUGAACCUGUUUAGCUGCUACACUGUGCAUAUAUGCAUAAACUGCGUGCAGCAGUCUAAACAUUUUUUUAAAAAUCUUGUUUUAAGGUAUUGUUGUCCUAAUGGAAAUGUAAAACUUAUUGCCAAAUAAAAACUCAAGCAUGUGGGACUCAUCUACUGCUUGUGACAACGUAAA